AUGGAUGUUGAUUCUGAAUCGACGGCAGCGCCAACUCCUGGUGGAACAUCUGUUUUGGAUGCAAAAUUUCUUGAAAGUUUUCGUUCAUUUACAACUGACGAUAGAGAACACCUAAUUAAUCAAUUUAGAGCUUUAACAAAUGCACAAUUAACAAAUGAAGGAAUUGGAUUUUUUCUCGAUAUGAAUAAUUGGAAUUUAAAUGCCGCAAUUGUUGCCUAUUAUGAUUUUGAACAGCCCUCUGAUAAGUUUCCAAUGAUGAAAUUUGUAGCUGAUGUAACUGUUGGCGAAGGAGAAGCAGUACCACCGAGUACACGAUUCACAAAAACAUGGAGAAUUGAAAACUCAGGUAGUGAACCAUGGCCAUCUUCGUGUGUAUUAAAAUUUGUUAAUGGUGAUCGUUUACAAGAACGUGAUGAAACCUAUGUUGGUUUGUUAGCCCCUAAUCAACAAACGAAUGUAUCAAUCGAUAUGACUAGUCCAGUAAUACCAGGAAUCUAUAAAUCACAAUGGAGAUUAUUUACACCAGCUGGCGUACCAUUUGGAGAUCCAAUAUGGUUGAUAGCAAGUGUAGAAGAGGGAGGUUUACUUGGAAUUACACAGCAGUUGAGUGCAUUGGGAGGAAAUAGUAUUAAUGAUAAUGAUGACAAUAUGAUGACAGGACAACAAUCAAACUUAUCAUAUAAUCCAGUAAUUAUUAUUUUUGACAUUUCACAAAUCAAAAUAAUGAUAGCAAGUGCUGGACAUGAUGAACAUUUCAACGAUGGUAAUGAUGAGAAGAGUACUGAGCCUUCAUCUUAUGACAAAUUUAUUGGAAUACCAUCUUUAUUGAAACAACAUAGAACACAACUAGAUCAGUUUAACCAGUGGUUUAGCAAACGAGAUUGGUUAUCAUUUCAUCAUCAUCAUUAUGAUUGGUGGGCAUUUCCUGUGAAUGAACGAAGUUCUCGUGGUUGCAUGUAUCAAUUAACGGAUGAUAAUAUCACUGAAUUACAAACAAAUGAAAAGUUUAUAUCAGAUCUUCGUCAAUGUGCUAAACUUGUAUGUUUGAGUUGGGGAUGGGACAUUGAUGAGAAAGAACUGUGUCAAAUAACUGAUGAGCAUCAAAAAUGGGCAUAUUGGCCAGUGCGUUUGUACAAAAUUGGUAGAUGUAUGUUCAUAUUUGAUCAAGAAGAUUAUUAUCAAUCAUUGAAACAAUAUGCCAUCUUUAUUCAAAAUAAUAAGAAAGAAAAAUUAGACUUUUUUUCUCAUACUAAAAAUCGAAAAGUUGAUGUACUACAACAAUGGGAGGAAAUGGAAAAAACUUCUAAAAAAAAUUAUUAA